AUGCGUCAAUUAAAAAAUCAUGGUCGUCGUUCCUCCUCUGUAAUUUCUAAAAAAAUGGAUUCAGCAGUUGUAUUAUUCGAAGAUAUUAAAAGAAAAGAAAAAGAAAUCGACGAGCAUGAUUCAUUCCUUUGCGAAAACGAUAACAUAACAGAGCACUCUUCGAAAAAAGAUAAAAUCUGUCAUUUUGAAAAAAUCCCUUUGGAAAUUAAAAUUAAAAUUUUCAAAUGUUUGGAAAUAGAUGAAAUCGUUAAGCAUAUUAAUCUUAAUUGGUGUCAACAAAUAAAUUCGGUGGGAAUAGAAUAUUUGGUAAAAGGUUGUCAAGAAUUGGAAUGCUUAAAAAUUAAUGGUCUUUCAAAAAUUUCGGAUCAAUUGAUGCUGAACAUAGCAUUAUUGCCAAAUCUUAAAAAUUUAUCAAUGGAAUCAUGUCCAACAUUAAAUGACGAACAUAUUUCCACUCUACUCAAGUAUCAACCAUCACCAUCUCCUUUAACUCAUAUAGAUUUAUCCAAUAAUCAACUUUUAACCGAUGAAACUUUAAAAGAACUAGGAAAUUCAUGUCCGGAACUAACUCAUUUAGAAGUUCACGAAUGUACAAAUUUCACUGAUGACGGUUUCAUAUAUAUUGCAUCUAAAUGUACAAAACUUGAGGUGAUCGAUUUAGAGGAUUGUCCGUGCAUUAACGAUGAGGUGCUUCAAUCAUUCGCUGCUCAUCUUUCAGAUCUUAAAAAGAUCUGUUUAAGUUAUUGUGAACUAAUUACAGAUGAUGGAGUAAUUACACUUUUACAACAAUGCACAAAGAUAUCUCGUAUUGAUCUUGAUCAUUGUCAGUUGCUAACCGAUGCGGUUUUACAUAACCUUUCUUUAAUAUUGAAUGAUAGUAAGGUGAAUUAUAUGGAAGUAGAGAUAUUUGAUUGUCGAAAUAUUUCAAUUUCAGCGGUUAGAGAAACUGUAAAGAAAGCUACUGAUUCUGGUGUGCAUUUAAAGCUUAAAGGAUAUUACGCGUGGCAGGCUAAUAACAAUACAGAUUCCGAUGAUGAUGAUAAUGGGGGAAGAAUUGGUGGUUCUAGUUGGGUUAGAAACAAUAGGUUAAUUAGACGUCUUACGGGUACACAUGGUAGUUCAUUACGAAGUCAUUUAGGUGCUACAUUUCGUAUUAGAAGUACUAACAGAGACAAUAAUAGAGGUGGAACUAGGCCGAAUUAUACAG